AUUCCCAGAGUUUGUUCCGAUGAAGAUAGCUACAAAUGGUGUUUGGCAGUGUUGCCAUAUGUUAUCUUAUAGGGCAUUUCAAGACUUUGACGUUUCUAUCAUUAACUGAACAAAAAAAUUUCUAGGUGUUCUGACAAGUGUACAACUUGCAGUAAUUAACAGUAAAUGAAAGAUGAUAUAAAAGAAGAAUUUUAUGCAAGCUUUAGGGUUAUGUAAUGUUAUAAAAUGUCAGUUGAUUAGUAAAUAGUAAAUAAUAGCAAAUAAAAGUUUUGCUUGUAUUUUGAUUCUACAACAAGAGACAAAAAUGGAACAAAAUGCUAGAUUACCUAUGUAUACACUUGAUAAGGAACUUGCUUCAGCAUUUCAAAUUGAUUGUGAAGAUUUGUUAAAUGAGUUUGAAUCAUAUCAGUCUUUCAGAAUUCAAGAUUUUCAGAAAGUAUGGCACAAUCAAAAAUUUUCAUAUGUCUUUGCGGGUCAAACAUAUGCUUUACUAUUAAAGGACUUCUGUGAAAACUGCUUUUAUAUUGUUAAAAAGUUCAUUUAUUUUCCCAGGACUUUGUACACACAAGUAGGAGCAUUUUAUUUGCUAGCUAUCUUAUAUUACAAGCAACCAGUAAGAACAUGGGUAAAGAUCAGAUUAACUUCGGAAGAAUAUGAAAAAAUACACGGACUAAUAUUAGAAAUGGUAAAUAAAAAAGUUUAUGAACCAGUAUACAUGUUUUCCAAGUUGAAAGCUGACGAAGCCUUUACAUAUGUCUGCCAACGUAAACCACUAGGACCUGAAGAUAGAUUCGUUAAGGAUUUUCAUUUGUACAUCAAUGAUACUUUCGUAGCUUCCAAAACUAGCAGCGCCUUAACUAAAUUUAAAAAUUCGUUUGGGUCUACAGAUAUGCUAUUCAAUAAACUAAAAGAGACUUCUACAGAAUAUUCCCAGCUUAUGCACAAAUUUGCAGAAAAAUGUCCAGAUAUUACUCCUUUUUCAUCAAAUCUUGUCAGGGAUAUAGAAACUGCUAAUUUAUUAUUACUCGGUCAAGAUAAAAAACCAGAAGAAAAACUAGUUAAAGAAGAAAGGACGCCUGUAUACAAUAUUAAACAAAGAGCAAUGGCAAACACAAAUGCAGUGUAUAGAGCAAACAGAAAUGUUAUUUCUGGAGUAGAUUUGGAUAUCAUUGGGAACCCCAAUGGACAAGAUGCUAAUGAUGCUUCUAGUUAAAUUACUUACGUGAUACUUAAUAUUUAACAUUACUUUAAUAUUUAUUUUUGAUAAGACUUUGAUUUUUUCAAUAAAUGUGAUAUUUUG